UACUUACUAUUGCUGUCGUUUAAGCGUCACCUAACAAUUCUUACCCGUAAAAUCCCUAAACCUCUUUCUUUCUUCCCGAGUUGUGUACAAAAUGGCGAAUCGUACGGACCCGGCAGCGAAGAGCAUCAGAGGAACGAAUCCUCAAAACCUGGUGGAGAAGAUCUGAGAUCGAAUAUACCAGAAUUACUGGAAGGAACAAUGUUUCGGAUUGACGGCGGAGACGCUUGUCGACAAAGCUAUGGAACUCGACCACCUGGGAACCUUCGGCGGCAACCGGAAACCCACCCCCUUUAUUUGUCUCAUCAUGAAAAUGCUUCAAAUCCAGCCGGAGAAAGACAUCGGUGAGUUCAUCAAAAACGACGAUUACAAUUAUGUUCGUAUUCUGGGUGCUUUUUACUUGCGACUUACAGGGACUGAUAUUGAUAUCUAUCGUUCUGAGCCAUUGUACAAUGACUAUAGAAAAUUGAGGCAAAGGUUACCUGAUGGAAAUUUUUCCUUGACUCAUGUAGACGAGGUAAUUGAUGAACUUCUGACAAAGAUUAUCAUGUGUAUUGCUAUGCCCCGAAUUAAGAAACAGAUGGAACUGGAGACCGUUGGUGCACUAGAACCUAGAAAGAGUGUUUUGGAAGAUGACUUUGAAGAGGAGGAAGAGAAAGAGGAGAAGGACCAGUUUGAUGGAAUGGAAGAUGGGGCUUAUGAAAAGAUAUCACCAUGGAGAAGCCCUGCAAGGGAAAGAGAUAGGGAUAGAGAUAGAUCUUCACACUUUCACAGGGACCGGGAUUAUGAUAGGGAUAGGGACUAUGACAGGGAUCGGGACUACGAUAGAGAUUAUGACAGGGAAAGGGGACGUGGUAGAGAAAGAGAUAGGGAUAGAGGGAGGGAUAGAGACAGGGAUCGGGAUCGGUAUCGAUUGAGAGAAGAGAAGGAAUAUGGUCGUGAGAGGGAGCGAGAAAGAGAGAGGGAAGGAAGGGAUCGGGACCGUGAUAGGCGAGAUAGGGAUCGUGGGAGGCGGAGGAGCCGUUCAAUGAGCCCAAGUAGGGAUCGCAAGAGAUAUGCACGUGGCAGCAUGAGUCCUAGAAGACAUGCAGACGAACCAGAGGAUGCCGUCACCCGUGCAGAGCCAAAGAAGAAGAAAGAGAAGAAGGAAAAGAAGGAUGAUGGGACAGACCAUCCAGAUCCAGAAAUUGCUGAGGCUAACAGGAUACGAGCAUCCCUUGGGUUGAAACCAUUGAAGUUAUAAUGUUACAGAAGAUGUAAUCUUUUGGAUCUUUUGGUGUUCAGUCUAUGUAUACAUUAACAUUGGAUAUUGGGGCAUUUUCUUGUACUAUUUUGCUCAUAUAUUCUGUAAAUGCUUGUUAAGCAACGAGCUUUUUAGUUUUUAUUCAACAUCCCAUGCUUGUUGCUUUAGCUCUCCUUCUGGAUAUGGCUCAACCGCCACAUUCAGUAUCAACAAAAUCCUUCUAUAACCAUGUUAAGCUAACCAAUAUUGGCUUCGUCCCGGGAUUUAUGUGUAACAAUGAGAUUUUUAUCAUCUUAUAUAAAACAAAGUG